AAUGACAGUGGUUCUGUAUAUAUUUAUGUUUUUGAUCAUGUAGCAGUGGAGGUUUAACUAUGGCGACCAACGCUGCAGUUCACAGACGAGGCGGAGAAGAACAAGUCAAAGUGCAAGCAGCGGAGAUUAGCAAAACCCUAAAAGAAGGCGAAAGGAUUUUGGCUCCGACCCGAAGACCCGAUGGUACCCUACGCAAACCCAUUCGAAUUAGGGCUGGUUACGUUCCUCAAGAUGAAGUCGCUGUUUACAAAUCAAAAGGCUCCCAGUUGAAGAAGGAAAUUGAGUCGCUGGAGAUUCUACCCCCUGGUUAUGAUCCUCAAGAGGAUGUUGUUAACAAAUCUAAGACCAAAUCAGCUAAGAGGAAUGAGAGAAAGAAGGAGAAGCGCUUGCAGGCUGCGUUCGAUAACGGUAUAAAUGAAGUUUCAUCUACUGGAGAUGUAGAAGAAGCAGCAUUAGGACCUGUUGAGUCAAUAGUGUCCCAGAUAGAUGAGAUCACUAUAUCUGGAAACAGAUCUGUUGUUGCCCCUCCCUCAAAUUCUACAGAGUGUUCACCUGAUAUUGAUAAAAGAAUUCGUGCACUGAAAAAGAAGAUCCGACUGACGGAAGCUCUACAGCAAAAAACAGGGCAGGAUUUGAACCCAGAACAACUGGAGAAGGUUGCGAAAUUGGAAGAUUGGCGUAUAGAGUUGAAGCUUUUGGAGAAGGAAAAGCUUCAAUAGAUGUUUGGUGGGGUCACAAAACUUUCUAUUUGUUUCAUGCACUUCUCACAAGCCGGGGGUCUUCAUAGAAACAACUGCAAUGCUCUUUGAUUGUAGAAGUCUGGUUUACGUACAUCUCACCCCCAUACCCCACCUUCGAGUGGGAUUUAAUGGUCUCAUUUAUUUUGGUUUGUUGGGGUCAUAAAACUUCCUAUUUGUUUUGCACACUUCUCACAAGUCGAGGUCUUCAAGGAAACAACUGCUCUACUCUUUGAUUGUAGAAGUCAUGUUUGCAUAUAUUUCACCCAUAGACCCUACAUUUGAGGGGAUAUAUUGUGUUCAUUUAGUUUGGGUUGUUGGGGUCAUAAAACAGUGUAGUUCUCUUUUUAUAGUUAAGAUGUAGGCGCUUAAUU